AUGACCCGCAAACUCGCGUGCAUUAUCCUCCUUUUCCUUCGUAGCCAUCACGUCGAGAGAGACUUUCUCGGCGUUUAUAACUUCCUAGUAGCUGGUGGAGGGUCGACUCUAGAAGUCGUUGUCAAAGUGACUGUGCGGUUGCUAACCAGUGCUGCGGUGGUUGUCUUGGUAACCACAAUACCCCGGGGAUUGGAGAAGUCAUAUAUCAUGCGUAACAUAAAGUCGUGGGUUGUACAAAGAAACCGGAAGACAAAAUCGAUACUUUGGCCGGCAUAUUCAACGUCUCUCGAUUACGUAUAUGCCAAGGACUUUCGAUUGACCCGAAUGAUUGCACUAAUAAGACGAUCGACGAUGGCAUCGAUGGAAUACUAAGAAUUUGACACGUGCCGCGAUCUUUUACACGUGCAAUAAUUAUAGCGCGCAUUAUGCAUAUUAUCAGAAUGUAUAAUUAAUGUAUAAUAACCAAUACAUCACAGAAAUAUUGCAGAAACUUUGCAGAAUGAUUUCACUGAAACGUUGCAAUAUUGCAUGGUGAUUGCUGAAUCAUUAUUGCAAAAUUCCAACAAUUUUAAGAUGUCCGCUUUUUAUUACAUUGCAACAAAAUGU